UCGACGACCAGCCGCCACCGGAGCCACCCGCUUACCAGAUCUUUGUUUGGAAAGUCGCUGAUCUUAACCGAUUAACCAUGUCUAUCUCCGAGUUCCGACGAAAGAAGCUCCUCUACGUGUUCAACGUUUUCUUCGAUGUCAAUCAGAGCGGCACGAUAGAAAGGAAAGAUUUCGAGCUGGCUAUUGAUAAAAUCUGCCACCUCCGAGGAUGGAAGCCCGGAGACCCCAAGAACACGGAGACACAUGAGAUCAUGAUCAAGAUCUGGGAUGGACUUCGGAAGAGGGCUGACUCCAACAAAGAUGGACAGGUCUCCGUGGAGGAAUGGACCUCGAUGUGGAAUGACUAUGCCCAGAACCCAUCAGCUGCUCUCAAGUGGCAGCAGCUGUAUGCCCAGUUUAUGUUCCAACUGGAAGACGCUAGCGCUGAUGGCACCAUCGAUAGCGAUGAGUUCACCACCGUCUGCUCCUCCUAUGGGAUCGACCCUCAGGAGUGUAAGGUGGCCUUUACUAAGAUGGCUAAGGGCAAGAGCAGCGUCUCGUGGGAAGAGUUCCAGGAGUUAUGGAAGGAGUACUUCUCCACCGAGGAUCCUAACGCUCCCGGCAACUUCAUAUUUGGCAGGACUAGCUUCUAAGCACCAAGUUCACAGCACGCCACGUGCACCACGAGACAAGAGGAGAAAUGAAGAUAUUUCACAGACAAACCGUCUAACAUUCCAUGGAUUAAAAUAGAUGUAAUCACGACAAGGUUCGGCUUCUACGGGUCUUUCACACGGGCGCUUUAGUAAUCGCAGCGGAGGCUAGGCUAUCCCCAGCUUCGGAAGCCCGUACGUGACCCCUUUUAAGUGUCAAUAUCGAACAGCCUUUGAUCCAUUUACGAGUCGCUACUGAGGCCGUAUCGACUGCUUGUUAAGGAAAGUUCAAUGGAUAACGAAGCUAGUCAUUGUAUAGCUUGCGGUCGCAGUGAAACGCUGAAGGAUAGCUUAGUUUGAAGUUUUGUCAAGUACACUCGUUCGUGGAUCAGAGGCAUAAUAUUUUCAUUUUACGUGUGUAUGUGUUCAAUAUAGAAAUAAUAAUAAUAACCUUCAUAUUUCUCUCUAAUAGUGGAACAAUUUCAAAUUCACGUUUUAUUACUAAGGCUCAAGUUAACUAGAACUUUUCAAUCUUAUAGAUACUAUACUAAUAACAACGAAUGAAAUUAUUCACUUUACGCAUUAUUAUAUAGCAUAUCUCGUAGCCAUAUCUAAUGAUUCUUGAAAUUUUCUCUGCCGGUUUGGUCCGAAUUACGAAAUUAUAACAUCUAUUACGUGGUCUUUUAAACUAUUGUAUGGCUUUGUUUUUAAAUUAUAAAUUACUAAUAUUGUUGUUACUUGUUCGAAAGUAAGGGUCAUUACAAAUUCUUGAUUAAAUCAAAUUUUAAUAUACUUUUGACAACGUGAUAAUCGCUAUGUUUGUCUGUGGUGGUCCUAACAAAUUGAUAGUAAUUUUUAUUGUUGUAUUUUAUACUUAUGUUUCAAAUUUAAAUGUUUAAUAUAUAUUAUAAUAUGAUAUAUUGAUCUAGUCAAAUGUUUUGUGCUCUGAAAAUCUAUUAAAUUUCAUCUUGUUAAGUCGCUAUAUUAUAGAUAUA